AGGAAGGAAGCAUCGGCGGCGGCGAAGAUGGUGAAGGCGCGGAUGACCACGGCGGACGUGGCGGCGGAGGUCAAGUGCCUCCGCCGCCUCAUCGGCAUGCGCCUCUCCAACGUCUACGACCUCACCCCCAAGACCUAUAUCUUCAAGCUGAUGAACAGCAGCGGAAUCACUGAGUCAGGGGAAAGCGAGAAGGUUUUGUUGCUCAUGGAAAGUGGUGUCAGGCUGCACACCACUCAAUAUGUUCGUGACAAGAGCAGCACACCUUCCGGAUUUACUCUCAAGCUGCGGAAACACGUUCGUAGCAAGAGGCUUGAAGAUGUCCGUAUGCUAGGAUAUGAUAGGAUGAUCCUUUUUCAAUUUGGACUUGGCAGCAAUGCACAUUUUAUAAUUCUGGAGCUUUAUGCCCAAGGAAAUAUCAUCCUCACAGAUUCGGAAUACACAGUGAUGACACUACUCCGUUCUCACAGAGAUGACAACAAAGGAUUGGCUAUCAUGUCGCGCCAUCGCUAUCCGGUAGAAGCUUGCCGUACCUUUGAAAGGACCGACUUAACAAAGUUAAAAGAAACACUGAAAUUGUCUAAUACAGUCGAUGACAAAGAAUCUUCUCAAGUUACACCUAGCUCAGUUGAUGGUCAGCAACCUUCUGAACACGCCAAUGAUGGGGUGCCUGUUACUGAUAAAUCGGAAGAACCAUCUAAAAGAACAGAAAAGAAGUCUGCUGCAAAAAUUAAGCAGGCAGGUUCCAAUGCAAAAGCGGGCGAUGGCAGUCAAUCAAAUAAAGCUACUCUGAAGACACUUCUUGGGGAGGCAUUGGCUUAUGGCCCAGCACUAGCGGAGCAUAUCAUAUUAGAUGCUGGGUUGCUUCCAAGUUCAAAGGUUGGGAAAGAUCCAGAGAGCAGUAUUGAUGAUCAUACUAUCCAGUCUCUAGUAGAAUCUGUUACAAGGUUUGAGGACUGGCUCGUAGAUAUCAUCUCUGGUCAAAAGAUUCCUGAGGGAUACAUUCUCAUGAAGAAUAAGAUGGCUGCAAAGAAAAACAUCAUACCUUCAGAAGGGGCUUCUACUAACCAGAAGAUAUAUGAUGAAUAUUGCCCUAUCCUGCUGAAGCAAUUUGAGUCAAGGGAAUAUGAUGAAUUUCAGACAUUUGAUGAUGCAUUAGAUGAGUUCUACAGCAAAAUAGAAAGUCAAAGGGUGGAUCUACAGCAAAAAGCAAAAGAGGAUUCAGCAGUCCAUAGGCUCAACAAAAUAAAGCUGGAUCAGGAGAAUCGUGUGCAUACAUUGAGGAAGGAAGCAGACCAUUGCAUCAGUAUGGCAGAACUAAUUGAGUACAAUUUGGAGGAUGUCGAUGCAGCAAUUACAGCUGUUCGUGUUUCGCUUGCAAAUGGAAUGAGUUGGGAAGCUCUUACUCGCAUGAUUAAAGAGGAGAGAAAGGCUGGAAAUCCGGUAGCUGGUCUGAUCGAUAAGCUCAGUUUUGAAAAGAAUUGCAUUAGCCUACUUCUUAGCAAUAAUCUUGAUGACAUGGAUGAGGAUGAGAAAACUGCGCCUGUUGAGAAGGUAGAGGUCGAUCUGUCACUUUCUGCACAUGCAAAUGCUAGGCGGUGGUACGAAAUGAAGAAAAAACAGGAAACCAAACAAGAGAAGACUAUCACAGCACAUGAGAAAGCUUUCAAAGCAGCCGAGAAGAAGACACGUCUUCAGCUUGCUCAGGAAAAAACUGUGGCUGCAAUCACUCAUAUGAGGAAAGUUCACUGGUUUGAGAAAUUCAAUUGGUUUAUCAGCAGUGAAAACUAUUUGAUUAUCAGUGGUCGAGAUGCUCAACAAAAUGAGUUGGUUGUCAAGCGGUAUAUGUCUAAAGGAGAUUUGUAUGUGCAUGCUGAGUUACAUGGUGCUUCCAGUACAAUCAUCAAGAACCACAAACCUGACAGUCCAAUACCACCCUUGACUCUAAACCAAGCAGGAUGUUACACUGUAUGCCACAGCAAAGCGUGGGAUUCAAAAAUUGUUACAAGUGCUUGGUGGGUAUAUCCUCAUCAAGUUAGCAAAACAGCCCCCACUGGCGAGUACCUCACUGUUGGUAGUUUUAUGAUCCGUGGCAAGAAAAACUUUCUCCCACCUCAUCCCCUUGUUAUGGGAUUUGGUAUUCUCUUCCGUUUGGAUGAGAGUUGCUUGGCAUCUCAUCUAAAUGAAAGGAGGAUCAGGGGUGAAGAUGAUGCCCUUCCAGAAAUCGAAGUUGAUCCUCGAAAGCACCCAAGUAAUCUUGAACCGGAUGACAGGCUUGCUACUGACAGUGAGAUGAGUAUAGUAACUCAUGGAAAUGAAUCAAGCAUGGACCAUACAAGUGCUCACCGAAAUAAUGAUACAAACUCUGGUAACAUGGAUACUGCCGACUUAUCUGAACAGGUUGCUGGAACCAAAACUUUGGAAAACAAUGGAACCUCCGCUUUCAAGGAAGAAACACAGGAUGAUUCUGUUUCAUCUCAACUGGAGGAUCUAUUGGAUAAGAAUCUUGGUCUGGGCCCUGCCAAUGUGUCGGGUAAAAGCUCUUUGCUCAUCAGCAGUCUUUCAAGUUUAGCUGAAGACGAUGAUCUUGAUUUGAAGAAAUCAACAUUAAGAGAGAAACCAUAUGUAUCAAAAGCAGAGAGAAGAAAACUGAAGAAGGGCCAGAGUACUUGUGAGUCUACUAGUGACCCCCAAAAUGGUGAAUAUGUCAAAAAGCUGGAUAACUCGCAACACGAAAAAGGCAAGGAUAACACAAAGGCUGCUAAUGGUGAAUCUGUCAAAAAGCUGGAUAACUCGCAGCACGAAAAAGGCAAGGAUAACACAAAGGCUGCUCAUACGAAAACAAGUCGUGGACAGAAGGGCAAGCUUAAGAAGAUUAAAGAGAAGUAUGCAGAGCAGGAUGAAGAAGAAAGAGAAAUCCGUAUGGCUUUACUUGCGUCUUCUGGAAAAGCUUCUCAAAAGGACAAACCUUCACAAGAUGGAGAAGACACCACUGCAAAACAAUCAAAACCAUCAACUGGCGAAGAUGACUCAUUAAAAAUUUGUUAUAAAUGCAAAAAGUCUGGGCAUCUAUCUCGUGAUUGCCCGGAAAGUACAUCUGUGGUGGAUUCAACUGGAGUCAGCGUUGGUCGAAGCAGCGAUGGUAUGGACAAAACUGCUGCUCCUGUUGGUGGCAGCAUUACCAUGGAUGAAGAUGAAAUCCAUGAACUUGGUGAUGAAGAGAAAGAAAAGUUGAUUGAUUUGGACUACUUAACUGGAAUUCCGCUGGCAAGUGACAUUUUGCUGUAUGCUGUACCUGUAUGUGCCCCUUACAAUGCAUUGCAGACAUACAAAUAUCGUGUCAAGAUCACCCCGGGCACCGCAAAGAAAGGAAAAGCUGCCAAAACUGCUAUGAGCUUAUUCAUGCACAUCCCUGAUGCAACAAACCGCGAGAAGGAACUAAUGAAGGCAUGUACGGAUCCUGAAUUGGUGGCUGCAAUUGUAGGGAAUGCCAAGAUCACCGCACCCGGCCUCACUCAAAUGAAGCAGAAGCAGAAGCAGAAAGGGAAAAAGGCAGCAAAAAACAACUAGUUUGAAACCGCCAUGACCCUGGACUGAAGUUCUGAUCCACCCCUGUGAUUCAUCUGCAGAAGAUAUGUAAAUGUUGCCACCUGUCGCUUGAGGCUCAUCUGGAGGUAGCAAACUGAUACCCAUUAUCGUGCUUGUAAAGUGUAGACAUCUCACUGGCAUUUGAGAGGCCACGAGGCAAUGCAACAGGGGACAGCCUAUAUAGAACCUUACCUUUUGGUGUCCCACUGUGAACUGAUGUAAAGAGCUACAGGGAAGAAAACCUCAAAUUUUAUUUCAGUGUUGCUCUACAUUUUUUGUGUUAAAUGGUAAUCGCCUAUAUAAAGUUCUGUUCUCCACGUGACAAA